CCUGACAAUAAGCAGCACUGAAGUUUUGCUUGCUUGCAGAAAGCAGAAGUACAGCACACCUAUCUACAUCAAUUUCAUUUCUUCUAGAAUUUUCUAUAGACCAACAUUAUCUCUGUGAGAUUGAUCGAGGAUGAAAAUGGAAGAACAUAUCUUCUCAGGCCAUACACAGCGGGAAGCAUUGGAGGGAGAGGGAAAAUCUCCUGUCCUUCAACAUGAUAUAGGCUACAAGACCAGAGUUGACUUGGCGGGAGGAAGUAAACCCAGUCAAGCAAUGCCAUUGGGAAGUACUGGGAGCUCCCUCAGAUGGCCAAAUCCACACAGGGUGAAGGAAGAACCGGAAGACUGUUUGGUCCAGCACUGGGAUGCCCGACAGCAGGUGUACCUAAGGACAGUUACUUCCCCUCACACAGAGCUAGGACUCUCACAGCUGCUUGAGGAACCUGCACCCUGGGACGACACAAAGGCCUUCCUGGCCUCCUUUGAGCAAGUGGCUGAGGCGUGCCAUUGGCCCAAAGAAGAGUGGGUAGCCAGACUCUUGCCAGCUCUCUGUGGAGAAGCUGAGCAGGCUUUUAGCAGACUAGAGGCUGGAGACAGAGAGGAUUAUGGAAAAGUGAAGAUGGCCAUCUUGCGAGGGGACUCUCUGCGCAGGGAGAAGCAGCGCCAACACUUCAGAUGUUUCUGCUAUCAGGAGGCUGAGGGCCCAAGAGGAGCGUACGGCCGGCUCCAGGAACUUUGCUGUCAGUGGCUGAAAGCUGAGAGGAACACAAAAGAGCAGAUUUUGGAACUGCUGAUCUUGGAGCAGUUCCUAACCAUCCUGCCAUCAGAGAUCCAGAGCUGGGUCAGGGAGCUUGGCCCAGAGACCUGUUCCCAGGCGGUGGCCCUGGCUGAGGCUUUCCUGCGGAGGCAGCCUGAAGCUGAGAGACAGGAAAGCAAGGUGGAAUUGGCAGUGGCAGGUGUGGAUUUCUGGGAAACAGAUCCAGGUCAGCCAGAUACCGAGGAGGAGAAGCAGUUGUACAGCGAACCCAAGCAGGAAGAUGACAAGGAUGCCUGCCCAGUGGCAGGCCAAGAAUGGAUGACCAGAGAUGAGAGGGAGAGGUGUGUGCCUGAAGAUGGGGAACAAGCAAGACUGCAUGCAGUGUUGAUAUGGAAAGGCGAAGAGAUUCCUUCUUGGCAUUCUGAGUUGGAAAACCCCUCAGUGAGCUGGAAGAGAUCAGAGUUCCACCAGGAAAUCCACCCAGUGGAGGAAGUGAAUGAAUCUUCCCCAUGUGAGAGAAGUUACAAGACCUCCGUUGAAACCACAGUCCAAGUGGGAAGUAACCCUGGCAUCAAACGAAUCUCCAGCAAAUGUUAUAGGAAAAGUUUGAGCCAGUGCUCCAGCAUUUUGAAGAAGACUCACCCAGGAGGAAAAACACAUAAAUGCUUGGUCUGUGGGAAAUACCUCCUCUCUCACUCCAAACUCAUAAUUCACCAGCGAACCCAUACAGGGGAGAAGCCAUAUGAGUGCCCGGACUGUGGGAAAACAUUCCAGUGCAGUUCAGUCCUUUACCGUCAUCAGAGAAUUCACACUGGAGAGAAGCCACACAAAUGCCCCAUCUGUGGGAGACGAUUCAGCAGCAAUUCGAAUCUAAAUCGACAUCAGAGAAUUCACACUGGGGAGAAACCAUACAAGUGUUCUGACUGCGGGAAGAGCUUCAUUCAGAGAGUUAGCCUUGAUAAACACCAUAAGAUCCACACGGCUGGGAAAACCAAGGGGGAUUUCAGUAUGGGCCCUAGUUGAAAGUAACUGAAAAUUUUUACAGGCACUGUUUCUCUUGAGGCACUCAAACCUGAAGAUGGGAGGUAACAUUUCAAUAACUUUCACCAGCUUACUUUCAGCCCUGCUAUGGGCUGAAAUUUGACAGUGUGCAUGUAUAGUGUGGGAGAGAGUUCAUUUUAAAUGAAUCUCUUAGGAAAAGAAGGCUCAAAGUGGAGCUAGCAAUGUGAGCCCUCCAAGAAGCCUCUCUUGGAUUGCUGCCUGUAUUGGCUUAUUUGAAGUGCAAGAAUGGCACUUUGCUUGGUCUCUCUCUAUUCACGAUUCCUCUCAUAGGGAUGCUUAGACUUUGGGAACAGCCUAAUUAAGAGCAGUCUUAGGCAGACAUCACAAUGUCUUUUGCAAAGAACUGCAUCUUGUCGCAGAGAUACACAACAUAAGAACUGCAGGCUGUAUGGUGGGAAAACAUUCGUUUUAUGUUUCUAUUUUAUGUUUAAAAUCUGUGUACUACUUUUCUGUAAUAAAUCACUUCU